AUGGAUGCUUCAAGAGAACCAAAGAGAAUUAUGAAACCUCCAAUGUCAUCUUUGAAGAAAAAAUGGACCAACAUUGACAAAAAAGUGGCCUUCACGUUGUUCUCUUUGCAUUUUCUUUGCAUUUUUGCACCGUUUCAAAUAAAUUGGGGUGCCAUUUUGAUUUCCUUUACCUUAUAUAUUAUCACCGGUCUAUUUGGAAUCACUAUUUCGUAUCAUCGAAAUCUUUCACACAAAAGUUUCAAAAUUCCCAAAUGGCUUGAAUACUUGUUUGCUUACUGUGGAGUUCACGCAUCUCAGGGCGAUCCAAUCAAUUGGGUAAGCGCACAUAGAUAUCAUCAUCAAUACGUUGAUACUGAACAAGACCCACAUAGUCCAAUCCAAGGAUUUUGGUUUAGUCACAUUACUUGGUUUCUUUACCGGAGCAACGGAAGCAUAAUUGACAUGAUUGGAUGGGGUCAAAAAUUGGAUAAUGCUUGUGAUUUGGAGAAGCAAACUUUCUAUAGGUUUAUUCGCCAAACAUAUAUUCUUCAUCCAAUUGCUCUUGCACUCGUACUCUAUAGCAUUGGAGGCUUUCCUUACUUCAUUUGGGGAACGUGUGUGAGAACGGUAAUGUAUUCACACUCAACAUAUAUGGUGAAUUCAAUAUGUCAUAUGUGGGGAACACAACCAUGGAAAACGAACGAUUUAUCGAAAAACAAUUGGUUGGUAAGUUUUCUUGUAUUUGGAGAAGGUUGGCACAAUAACCACCAUGCUUUCGAGUAUUCAGCUAGGAUGGGGAUUGAAUGGUGGGAAUAUGAUCCUGGUUGGUAUGUUAUUAGGUUUCUUGAAGCCAUUGGAGUGGCCACUCAUGUCAAAUUGCCAUCUCAAACCCACAUGCAAAAGUUGGCCAAGGAGUAA